UCCCUCCCCCUACCCAUCCGAUAGAAAAUCUCUCCUCGUCUCCCAUUUGCUGCCGCUGCUCGCUCUGCGGCGGAGAACGGCGGCCGCCGCCCCAACCGCACCCGCUACCCGCGUGAUGCUGGCCGCGACGAGAAUGGCGUUCGCCUCCUGCGCCCGCCUGCUCCCAUCCUCUCCCUCGGCCCUCGCCUUAGUGAGGCCCCGCGCCGGCGCCGUCUCGUUCUGGGCUCCCGCACAGCCGCCGUCGGCGGCCGCAAGAUCCUCGCGGAACCUCGCGCUCUUCUGCUCUUCCUCGACGCCUUCGCCGACGGACGCCGCCGUAGCGCCGCCGCCCCCGCAGGCCGCGGCGGAGGAGGCGAAGCCGUCGGCGCCGGGCGGGGACGAGAAGGCGGAGCCGACCGUGGAGGAGCUGGCGGGGCUGCUGGACAUCCGUGUGGGGCGGGUGGUGAAGGCGUGGAGGCACCCGGAGGCGGACACCCUCUACGUCGAGGAGGUGGACGUAGGCGAGGCGGAGCCCCGCACCAUCUGCAGCGGCCUCGUCAACUUCCUCCCAAUUGAAGAGCUCCAGGACAGCAGUGUGAUUGUUCUUGCUAACCUCAAACCAAGGAACAUGCGUGGCAUCAAGUCGAAUGGCAUGCUCAUGGCUGCUUCUGAUGCUUCACAUGAGAAUGUUGAGCUGCUCACACCUCCGGAAGGAUCUGUUCCUGGUGAAAGAGUGUGGUUUGGUUUGGAAGAAGAAAAGGAUCGUCAAUCAGACCCUGCAUCACCAAAUCAGGUACAAAAGAAGAAAAUUUGGGAAUCUGUCCAACCGCAUCUUAAAACAACGGAUAAGUGCAUAGCAAUUCUUGGUGAGCAUACAAUGCGUACAUCUGCAGGCCCCGUUUUCUGCAAAUCACUAAAGGGUGCUAGAGUGUCAUAAAUCUUUGUUGAUGAACACCUUUUUGUUUCACGUGAGUCUUAUGUUGUGUAUCAUCCCUGAAAAUAAACUACACAAGUAGAGCAACUGUCAAAUAUUUUUGUUUCCAACUUCUGGCAAUAAUCUCUCAGAAUUUUGAUGUCAUUAUUUGUAUCUAGUAGUUCACUUUUCGUGUGAACUAUGUGCUUGCAGGGUAUUUUAUUUGCAUUUAUUUUCUUGUACUUAAAUUCAAUUGGAAUUUGAUAGACGAAUCUUGAAAGAUUACAUGAACUAGGAAAUUGUAAGCUCUGGCAUUUUCUGUAA